UUGUCGAAACGAAAGAGAAAGUGCUUGGCUGUCUUUGGCUGCUUGCACAGCGAGCUCUUUGUCCGACGAUGAGAUUAUACAAUAUGUUUUGGACUUUUGGCGGUCUUAUCCUAGCAUUUUUAUGCUUAGGUGUAACUGGCUCACAGUCUCUUUAUGAUGUUCAGUGGCUUCCUUGUCUGUUUGUGGAUGAGCAUGUUCGUUUAAAUGAAAAAGGCCACAUAGAAACCAAGUACAUCAACAGAGAGGCUGUGCUUCAAUUUGGAAAUGUUGGCGACAAGCCUAUACACCCUACUAUUACCUUCCUCGUCACAGCCUCUAAAGUGGAUAUGAGGCGUUAUUUGGAGGGAAGUAAGGAUACACUUCUCUGUGAGAUCCGUAGAUACAGCACUGGAGGGAUUGUAAUGCGCUGGCCUACUGCAGGAGCGCAGGAUCAUAACGUCUGGUUCACCUGUACAAUACGCCAUACGCAAGGCUUGUUUGUCAUCACCUCCUUCCUCAGACACGCAACUGCAUCUCCUGCCCAAGCACAGAUUGACUUCAUGGAAUGGAAAGAAAUCAGUGAUGGGGAUCUCCUGACAACAUCAGCUGUGAUGGUUGUUUUGACUCAAACACCCUCAGUGAAGGUGAGAUUAUCGAAGGAGCCAAACCUGCACUGUAAGUUUGCAGUGGAUCAUAAACUGCCUCAUGCAACAGUGGAGUGGAGACUGCAGCAGCACGGGGAGCGCAGCAAGCUCUUCAGCUAUUCCAGCCGCACGGGGAAGACAGAAGGCAGCGGAGUAGAUGUCCAGGCCAUUUCUGCCGGAAACGCCUCCAUUAAACUUCCCCCCACCAGUAUACACAGCGAGGGCACAUAUAUCUGCUCUGUGAUGGUUCCUCCUCUCAAUGGCAGCCAGGAUAUUUCUCUUACCAUAAGUGAACAACCCCGUGUGUCUAUAAACGUGAUUUCCCCCUUGACUUUGACACUUGGUAAGGGCGAGAAGCUAAUAUGUGAUGCAGAGGGGUACUAUCCAUUGGAUGCAACUAUUGAGUGGUACAUUGAAGAAUCUGGAGGCAGCCCUACAUCUCCGAUAAUGGAAAAUGUACGGUACUUCAGUCAUCAACAUCACAAAGAUGGCACAUACUCGCACUCAGCCUGGUUCUAUCUGCAGCCUGGCCUGGAGGACUCUGGAAAUAAGUACACCUGCAGAGUAUCCCAUAAGUCCUUACUCAGUCCUAUCCACAAGAGCUUUUAUCUCAUAGUUAAAGGACCUGACUAUACCAUGUGGUAUUUCGUCAUAAUUGCUAUGCUAGUACUUCUUUUUUAUAUAUUUGCUGGUAGAAAAUCAGCAAGAAAGAGGUUGUUUUGAGAACUCAUUCCUGAGGACUUGAAGUAGAGCGUCAUGGAAACUGACAACACAUCCCUCCCUUCUUCUCACUUUCUCCCCUCAUCCCAACGUUUCCUCCUGCUGCUGCGUUUGCCAAGAUCAGGUGCUCUUCAAGAGAAAAUGGGGAGUGUUAUGUGAGGUGUAAUUCCAGAUCUCAUGCUUUAUGCCCUUGUUUACUAUGGGUGAUAAAGCUCGGUGGCUCUUUAUGAACUGAAGAAGAACUUGCUUAUGACUUUCUGGGUUGUAUCAUUUUUGGCAUCUAUUGAUUUUAAUGUCAAUUUGGCAUUAAUGCAAAGUGCACUACUGAUGUUUUGAUCAUUUUAAGUUAUAAAAAUAACAAUAUAACAUUGAAUGUGAGGAAAGGUAUAAAUGAGUGUUUUGGCACUUCAGUUGCAAAAAUAAAUUGAAUAUUUGUAAAAUGUUUGUUUAAUUAGUUUUACGUUCUGAUUGCAUCAAAUUUAAAUAUAUCCAUCUUCAGAGAA